ACCUUGCUAAUUAAUAAGCAAAAAUCCUCCAUUCUCUCUCAGCCACCUUCUCUCAAAUUAAAAUGGAAAAACCAACUCCAAUUUUUGUGCAAAAUUCAGUGAUCAGUCCUUACAAAUCCAAAGCUCACUACCCACAAAAAGCCAAGGGCAUCUCCUUCAUUGCUUUCGUUUUCUCUAUUUUCCUUUACAUCUCCAUCUUCUAUAUUUUCAACCUCUCCCCUUCAGAGCUAUUCAAAAACUCCAAGUUUUGGUUCUUCAUUUCCAACACUCUUAUUAUUAUCAUUCUCGUAGAUUAUGGUGCGUUCUCUUCCUCCACUAAGCAACAUGAGCUUUACCAGGAUUACAUAAUCAGAAGGCAAACAAGUGCUCCAUCCUGCUAUCCACAGCACUACUCAGAGAUCAUCAAGACAUGCAUUCCUGAAGAACAUGUCGAGGACUUGUGGGAGAAGAGCAAAGUAACAAUCCCUCAGAGGACAAGUUCUCUCACCAGCUUCCAAGGGAACUAUAAGAAGCCUGGAAGUUGUCUGGAACAAGACUAUAUUAGUGGAAGUUGUAAAAAGAAGCAGGUCCAGGCGAAAACAUUCCGACGUAGUAAAUCAGAUAUCUGUAAAAGGGUAGUGAUUGAUGAGAGCAAGAACAGCAUUAGAAGAAUAGAAACAGAUGAUAUAUUACAUGACUCACCACCCAACGUUGUAGAUGGAGAAGAAAAUAAAAAUGAUGAGUAUGCAAAAAUGUCCAACGAAGAAUUAAACAGAAGAGUUGAGGAGUUUAUUCAAAGAUUCAAUAGGCAAAUUCGGCUUCAGAGAGAUGUUUACUAGAUUAAUUCAAGCAGGUGAAUUCGAGUUCCAUCGAUGGAACAGGUCAUAGACUAUAGCUAGCUAGAAAACCAUAUUAGAGAAAUUUUCUAUAUAUGUAUAUUCAAGACAUUUUACUGUGUCUUUUAGAUA